UUAUCCAGUAACACGUGUACACCUGGAUUCUCUCCCUCGCACGUGUCGUCCCCUCCAAACCCUAAUCCCCCAAAGACGUUCCUCUCUCUCUAUCCCUCCUCCUAUCGGACUUCGCCACACCAGAUCGCAGAAUCUCAUCCUCUCUUCCUUUUUUUUCCAUCAUCUGUUUUUUUUUUCCGGCGAGAUCCGUUGAAUCAGUGAGAAUCCGGUCGAAGAAAUUCAACGGGAGUUGGUCUGUUUUUUUUUCUGUUCUUCGAUCUCCGACGGAAUUUGUGGGCCGUCUGAUCUGUCGAAGUGGAGGAGGACGUGUCUUGGAUCUUUUAUUUUGUCUCUCUGCAUCUUUGUCGCAUCCUAGCUGGACUUCCACCUCAUGCCAUGAGAGCUGGUGUAUCGUAGAUCCUCUGUUCAAGUUGUCUUUCUUUAGUGUAAUAAGCAAAACCAUCUCAUAAACAAUGAGUACUGGCAAGGAAAGCACGCCUUCAAAGCCUUCGAAACCACCAUCUUCAACUCAGGAAGUACCUUCCACGCCAUAUCCAGACUGGACAAGCUCAAUGCAGGCCUACUAUGGAGCUGGGGGUACUCCACCUCCUUUUUUCCCAUCGCCUGUUGCAUCUCCAAGUCCUCACCCAUAUAUGUGGGGUGGCCAGCAUCCUAUGAUGCCACCUUAUGGGACUCCAGUUCCGUACCCAGCUAUGUAUCCGCCCGGCGGAGUCUAUGCCCAUCCUAGUAUGCCAAUGGUACAUAAUUCUGCUCCGGCUAACAUCGAGAAUGUUGUGAAAGACCAAGCUUCUGCCAAGAAAUCAAAGGGGGAUCAGAAAGGAAAGGGUGAAGGAGGUGAGAAGGCGGCUUCUGGUUCAGGCAACGAUGGUGUGUCCCAAAGCGAUGAAAGUGCAACAGAGGGUUCGUCUGAUGGAAAUGGCGAGAAUGCUAACCAACAGGAGCAAGGUUCUAGCAGAAAGGGAAGAUUUGAACAGAUGCUGGCAGAUGUUUCCUUAGCAGCGAGUUCUCAGAAUAAAACUACUGGUGCAGUCCAAGGUUCGAUGCCCAUGAAGCCGGUUGCCCCAGCGACUAAUCUUAAUAUCGGGAUGGACUUAUGGUCUUCUGGAGGAGCUGCAAAGAUGAGACCAAAUACUUCUGGUGCCAUUGGUGUUGCCUCCGAGCAAUGGACAGAUGAACGAGAACUCAAGAGGCAGAAAAGGAAGCAAUCUAACCGCGAAUCUGCAAGGAGAUCGAGAUUAAGAAAGCAGGCGGAAUGCGAGCAGCUUCAACAGAGAGUAGAAAGCUUGACGAAUGAGAAUCACGGCCUGAGAGAAGAGCUUCAAAGGCUCUCUGAGGAAUGCGAGAAGCUUAAGACGGAAAACAACUCCAUCAAGGACGAGUUGACAAGAUUGUGUGGACCCGAGGCUGUAGCUAAUCUAGAACAGACUGCCAUGUCUGGAGGAGCAAGUGUUACUAAGGACAGUGAAGCAAAAUAGCUAACAGUAUCCAAGUAACAACACAUAGCUUAUGGGAUCAUUGGGAAUUCUCACAAGUAGUACGGUUCUUCUGUGUUAUACACUAUACAGUCUUUGACCCUUUUUAAUUUGUAGACGUAGCAGCAUCGAUCCAACAGAUUAAACUCGAAAACACCAAACUGUUGUAUGAUUAGAGGGACAUUAGAUAUUUACCGAAUAGGAAUCCAUCAGUCUUCAUGUUCGGAUUC